AGCACAUUCACAAAUAUUGAUUAACAUUUAAAUUAAACCAAGUGCCAUUCACCUUCUCCAUAUUUCUGAACCCUAGAAAAAAGGACGUAUAAAGGGUGCAAUGGAAAACAGGAAAGCUCUCCAUUUGUUCUGAUUAUUUUAUGUCAGAGGUCAACAGUUCAUAGUCAACACUUUAUUUGUUGUAGUUACUCUACACAUUGUGUUCAAACCUUUAUCAGGUAAGACCUGAAGGCAAAGUUCAUUAAAUAUCUGUAAUCUUUAUGCUGUUUGAAGUGUGGAUUAACCAAUAGUCUCACUCAAGAUAAUUACACUGAGGUUUAUGACCGUGGCAGGGAGAUAUUAAACGGCAGCCUUUUCUUUCUGAGCCGCUGAUCAUUCACCAUUGCAGCCUCAGGAUGUUCAAAUACGUGCUGUUGUUCCUGACACUGUCAGGCCUCCAAGCCCUUCCAAUCUCAGAUCUUCGUCGGAAGUCGCCUUCAACAUACCAUCUUCCAGAUGGCUUUAGAGAGAACAACAUUCCUGACAACUUCAGAGAAGAUGCUGAGUUCUCCAGGAGACUCCUGGGUGACCUCAACACCAACCUAGUGAAGGAUUACAUCAAUGAGAUCGACAGGAGAGUGGUUCCUGUUGAUGUUCCAGCCCAGAGAAAUGGUGGUGGUUGGGUUCGUGCGGAGGAUCACUCUGCUUCUCAUCUCCCGGAUGGUUUUAGUCAGGGAACCGAACCAAGAAUGUCCAUCAUGGAUGGUUUUAGUCAGGGAACCGAACCAAGAAUGUCCAUCCUGGAUGGAUUCAGACAGGGAACUGAACCGUUAAACCCUAUCCCAGAUGACUUUAAACAGGGCACUGAACCCAGUCUUAGAGUCCCGGAUGACUUUAGACAGGGCACUGAACCUAGUCUCAGAGUCCCGGUUGACUUUAGACAGGGCACUGAACCCAGUCUUAGAGUCCCGGAUGGCUUUAAACAGGGCACUGAACCCAGUCUUAGAGUCCCGGAUGGCUUUAAACAGGGCACUGAACCUAGUCUUAGAGUCCCAGAUGGUUUCAGACAGGGAACUGAACCGUUAAACCCUAUCCCAGAUGGCUUUAAACAGGGCACUGAACCCAGUCUUAGAGUCCCAGAUGGCUUUAAACAGGGCACUGAACCCAGUCUUAGAGUCCCUGAUGACUUUAGACAGGGCACUGAACCCAGUCUUAGAGUCCCGGAUGGCUUUAAACAGGGCACUGAACCCAGCUUUAGAAUACCUGACACUUUCAGACAGGGGACUGAACCCAGUCUUAGAAUCCCAGAUGACUUUAGACAGGGAACUGAACCCAGCUUUAGAAUACCUGACACUUUCAGACAGGGGACUGAACCCAGUCUUGGAAUCCCAAAUGGCUUUGUACAGGGAACUGAACCCAGCCUUACAGUCCCAUUAGGUUUUAGACAGAAACCUGAACCCUCUGCUGCCAGAAUCCCUCCACAGUUCGUGGUCUGUAAAGGAGAAACCAUCAAUGGAAAGUGCUUUGAGUUUAACCCCACACCGCUAUCCUUCCGUGAGGCUCAGACCUCGUGUAGAAGUCUUGCCCCAAAAGCUGAGCUUGCAUCUGUAACCAGUGGAGAUCUGCAUUCCCGGCUGGUUUUCCUGGUCACCCAAGGAGGCAAGAAGACUCCUGCACUGACCUGGUUGGGAGCCAUGGUAAAGAACCAGCAGGCCUCGUGGGUCGAUGGAUCAGAGUGGAGUUACAGCGACUGGAUGCCAGGUCACCCCAACAUUCACACUGACAAACCCGCCUGUGUGGAGAUGUUCAGGAUAGAUGAGAGCUGGUGGACCGUUGCCGACUGCGAACUGAAGCGAGCGUCAAUCUGCUCGUACCCCAUCGCUGCAUGAGAGCCAGAAAACACGACAUGAACGUGGCCUUCCAACCACGCUGUUUUCCUAAGUUUAGGCUGCUUGCCUCA